UGCGUUUCCUCCGCUAUCUCGCGCCUUUCCAUCUUGUUCCUACCGAGAGCUCAGCGCCGUAGGUUAUUGUGGUAUGUAAUAAUGGCGGCAGCAGGAGGCGGAUUACCAGCCUCGGCUGUUGUCGCGACCGUAAACACCUCCGCCACCGUUCGCUGUCGUUUCCCAGGUCGGCCAUGGACGUCUCGGAGCCUGCUGAAGACGGAGAAACGUUCUCAUGUCGUUCGGGUGAGGACUGAGGAUGGAAAUGGGCCAAGGCCCGUCGACGUUAGAGCAACGCUGAGAGAGGAUCCGUCACUGUCGCGCUUGCUCGGGCUGGCGGAGAAACACAGGCGCCAGCGCGAGGCGGGAUUCUGCACGAGCGGGAGCGAUGAGGAGGGAGACUUCACAGGCUUUAAUGUGGAUGGUCAGUGUUCCUGGCGUUCUGGACAAAGCUCAUCAAGCAGUCUCCUUAAACUGGCAUCCUCACAGGUGAAGCCACCUUUGGUGAAAGGCAAAAGAUUUUCCAGAACUGACCAAAAAUCUGCGAGGCACAAAAUGGUUAUUAAAAUGGCAGCCAAAAAAGUGACCAAAAAAGUAAAGGAGCAGGUACAAAGGACAUCUGUGGAUAAAGGUCCAGGAAAAAGGAAAAGGAAAAAGGGCAGCUCAAGUAAGAGAAAUGGCAGGGUACUCAGGAACCAGAGAGAGGCAACAUGUGUCUCCCCAAAAACAGAAAAUGAUGUAAAUUUGGAUGGGGCUUUUGAAGAGGCGGAGAUCACUAGAAAGUCAAAGAAGUGCAGUUCCAGUGCAGUAGACAGACGGACGAGGCAGGGCAAAUUAGUGUGGACUUUAACACUGGUUAAAGGUAAAGAGCGAGCCUCCAGAGUUAGAGACACCCAAGACCAAAGAGCUUCAACAGAAUAUGCUAAGACCCACAGAAGGAACAAGACCGAGGAAAUGGCUGGUAGUGAUCAGGCACGUGCUGUAUCCUCAAAACCAAUGGCCAAACAGAGAAGGGGCAGAAGGACAGAUGCAAAUGAGGAGCCUCUUGAAUCUGUUGGUGGAGAUGCAGGAGUGUCUUUUAGCGACAGUUUAAGUUCUUCCCAAAAGAAGACUUUUGUAAGGCAACGAAGGUUACUGCAACAGGAGGUGCACCGCAAAGUACCCGAUAGUCAAGGACAGGCCUCUAGCAUGCCAAGAAAGAGACGGCAACUUGCUCUAGAGACAGACUCUACACAUGUGCUCCAACCGGCGGAAGAACAGGAACAGACACUUGGAGAGAUUGAGCGAUCCAACUCUGGAGGCCAAGCUAAACAGCCUAAACACUCCACUGGACCAAUUGUUAGUGCUCGAUCUUCUCGGGUCAUCAAGGUCCCAAAGAGGUUCAUGGAUGAUGAGCGUAUGUCUGCGCUCCCAGAUCGAGGGUCCCCGAAGAAACCAGCUCUUACUGAGAUCCCGAUGGUUCUCGGUAAACCGAAUGUUGAGCUGCAAAGCCUUGAUUCUGGAAGCAAGGUGAAGAUUGCACAGGAACCGCUGAUCCUAAACAAUGAUGAAAAACGUGUUUCGGAAAAGGUGCAAUCUCAGGGCGUCAAACCCAUUUUGAGUUCCUCUAGGCUCUCUGGUGGUCCUCGUGGGAGGGGUGGGAGACUCGGCCAAUCCACGGACCACUAUAAGGUAUACUGGAAGUUGAAGAAGCUCACAGCUUGCCUGGCAAAACGAAGGAUGCAGCGAAUUGCUAGUGCAAGCACCAAGCUAACAGAGAUUGGUGCUGAGGGAGAGACCCUUGAUGUGGAAAGAAGAAAGUCUGAUCUCACAUUGCAGGACAUGUAUUCUCCAGGGGUGGUACCAAAAGUAGCCAUUCAUGUUGGGGAACAUUCAGAUCAGACGCCACUUUCAUUUUUGGCGGAAGACCCUGCUAAAAAGAACGUAGAGACUACCAACCUUGAAGGCACCACUAAAAUGACUGCACAAAAUGCCAAGAUGACGGUGGAGCAAGGUGGAAACACCCUUAGAAUGAGUAUUUCCGGUGCCAAUAAGAGGAUGUUCCACCUGCUGAAGAGAGCCAGAGUCCAACUGAUUAAAAUUGACCAGCAGAAACAGCUCAAAUCGGCUCAGCUUCUGUCUGGCUCUGUGACAGUAAGAGAUGGAUCAGCAGCAGUCAUGCAGAGAGGCAGAAAGAGGGGGAAGAGAGCGGUACCAGCUAACUUAGAGGGCGCUCCACAGGAGCAAUUGAUUGGUGGUCCGCGUAUAAAGCAUGUGUGUCGAGCAGCAGCAGUGGCACUGGGGCAACCACGCGCCAUGGUUCCCGACGACAUUCCAAGGCUCAGCGCCCUUCCUCUGCAUGAGAGAGAGGGGAUCACUGCUUCACCUGCCGAAGAGGAUGUUGCAUCUCACUCAGAGCCUGAGAGUGAAGAAUCUGUUGAGCCGAAGCCGACAUUUAGACGCAGGUACGAAAGCACAGCUUUUGGCUGUCGGCUAAAACGCUGCAUGCGCUGCAAGGGCUGCAGCCGGCUGGAGGACUGCGGGAGGUGUGUUUUCUGUCUGGACAAGCCCAAAUUCGGAGGACCCAACAAGAAACGACAGAGCUGUGUCCUAAAGAAGUGUUUGCUGAUCGAGCGGAACAAAGUGAGACGAUUUAACAAAGUCCAGAUGAAGCGGCGCCGGCCAUCAGUGGCCGCUGACAUGAACAGUAGCGAAGAAGAAAAUGAGGAGGAAGGGGGAGAUGAUGGAGGAGGACAGGCCCAGUUCAGCCCCACUAGGAGGCAGCCCAGACGACAAGUCACUCCUCAGUCCUACAGAAAACUGCUGGGGUACGACUCCUCUGACACCGAGACACAGAGUGUCAGCUCUGAAAAGACAAAGGCCAGUGGGACCCAAAAGACUCAAUCCAGUGAAAUGGCUACUUCUGUAACUGCUCCAGAAGAGGCAACAAAGCAGAAACGGCAAGGGCUUUACAGAGCAUUUUGGGCCCAACGUAGAAAUGAUAAGAGUUCGGGGGAGCACACGCCGUCCAGUGUCCUGACUCAACUGAUUAAUGGCUGCACCCAGAGGGGCAAGCUGUCACAAGGGACGAUGAACAAGAUUCGUGUGGACUUCAAGGAAGACUGUCACAUCCAGAAUGUGUGGUUGAUGGGAGGAUUGAGUAUUCUCACUUCAGUUCCCAUCAUGCCCCAGUUUGUGUGUCUGCUCUGCGCCAGCAAAGGCCAGCAUGAUAUGAUCUACUGUCAGAUGUGCUGUGAGCCUUUUCACCUUUUCUGCCUGCCACCAGACGACCGUCCAAAGGAGGAGAACAAGGAGAACUGGUGCUGCAGACGCUGCAAGUUCUGCCAUGUUUGUGGCCGCAAGAGCAAGCAGGCAAAGCCAGUUUUGCAGUGCAAGAUGAUGUACUGCUACCAUCCAUCCUGUUUAGGACCCAAAUAUCCCAAACCUGUCAAAAUGAACACUUCAUGGAUUUGUAUGCUGUGUAUUAGGUGUAAGAGCUGUGGCGUGACUCCGGGGAAUUCCUCAGAUACGUCCUGGAACCAUGAGCUGGACCUCUGCCCUGACUGUAGCAAACUCCAUAGCAAAGGGAACUUUUGCACUGUGUGUCUGAAGUGCUUCGAAGAACAUGAGUUUGACAGCAGCAUGAUGCAGUGUGCUCGAUGUGCCCACUGGGUCCAUCCCAAAUGUGAGGGGCUCACAGAUGAUUUGUAUGAAAUCCUGUGUCGACUGCGGGGGAAAAGUCUGGUGUUCUCCUGUGCUCCCUGCAGUAAGAGAUUCCACAGCGGUUGGCAGGACGUAGUUCAGGAAGUUUUGAGGAAUGGUCUAGAGAAAAUCAUGAAUGGAUUGAAGAGCUCUCCGACCAUCUGCCACCUCUUCAUGUGUGCACAGUGUGAGGUUUGUCCAGAUGUUGAGGUUGUAGAGGAAUGGUCAAGCUGUUGUCUACAUCCUGUAGAGAAGAAGCUGGAGAAUGGCCUGUACACUUCACUGAAAGCAUUUCAUGAGGAUGUGGUGGCAGUGAUGGUGGAAAGGCUGAGAAAAGAAGAAUAUCUUCUAGAGGAUCAAAGGCCCACCGGCCAAGCCAAAUUGUAUUAUAUAAAGCUAUUAGAGCAAGUAUUUAGCUGGUUCAACAGUCAGGACCCCAAAACUUGGAACUCUCAUAUGCAAGAAUUUCCAAGCGGUAUGCUCCCAGAGGCUAUAAUUCCCCCCAGCGAUGAACACAGUUAUGCACAGUGGCUAAAAGAGCAGGAUCCAGAAAACCCUCAAUCGGAAUCUCAAGAUCUGCAGAAUGUGAACUCUCAGUCUUUCUCGGAUGAAAGACAGUGCUCCCUCUGCCAGCAACAUGGAGACGCCAAACCGAAUGGUGCUGGUAGGCUGCUGUAUAUUGGACAGAACGAAUGGGCCCAUGUGAACUGCUGCAUGUGGUCGGCGGAGGUGCAGGAUGUCAAAGGAGCUUUGCUACAUGUCCACAGUGCCGUCGCCAGGGGCCGCUUCAUGCGCUGUGAGCGUUGUGGUCAGACAGGGGCAACUGUGGGCUGCUGCCUUACCUCAUGUCAGAGUAACUACCACUUCAUGUGUGCUCGUGCCAGCAACUGUGUCUUCCAGUGUGAUAAGAAAGUCUACUGUUACAAACACCGUGACCUCAUAAACAACAAGAUUGAACAAAGCAAUGGGUUUGAAGUUCUCAGAAGGGUCUACGUAGAUUUUGAUGGAAUCAGUCUGCGUAGGAAGUUUCUAACAGGCUUGGAGCCAGAGUCUGUAAAUGUGAUGAUUGGGUCCCUACAUGUACAAAAACUUGGUGUUCUGACGGAGCUGUCUGCAAAUUCUGGAAAAUUGUAUCCAGUUGGUUACCAAUGUUCUAGAUGGUAUUGGAGCACUGUUGACCCUCGCAGGAGAUGCCGGUACACUUGUAAAGUGACAGAGGUGCAACCAUCAACACGGUGCAAAACUCCUAGCUCCAUGGUGGAUCAGGGAGAAAAUCACACAAUUGUACACAGUCCAAAAGCUCACAAUGAUGAGGAUGGCACAGAUAGCGAAUCUUUUUCACCUGGGCUGUCUCCCAGCACCCCCCCCAAGACCAAACAGGACUUAGGGGCGGGAGGUAAGACUCCUGGCUAUCCACACAGCAGAAGACCAGCAGGAGGAAUGUCCAGACCGUUACCUUCCCCAGGAAAUGCUGUUUCCACAUCCCAUCACAUUUUGACCAUCAGUGACCUUGAUGAGACACGACGUGCAACAAGGAGACUUUCCACACGUAGCAGAAAUGCCUCUCCUCCCCCUGUGGUACUUUCAGGCCCAAUGGCUUUGCGAUCAGGGGGGUUGAUUCACCCUAGGUCACUUUCAUUUAGCCCCCCUGUCUCACCACUUGGUGCAACCAAGAACCUCAUGAGCUCCACCUUACCUCGACGAAGAGGGAGGCCUUCCUCUUUGUCUCCCUCUAGCAUCACCUCAGGACCGUCUCCACCACAAGCAACUCUUCAAAGUCCCUCUUCCACCAUACCUUCAUCUGUCCGCCACUCCCCAAGACAUCAACAGCCUUUCAAAACUGCGCAGCAUAACACUGAGGAGGUGGUUCAAGAGUUCUUUGCCUUGUCAGGGCCGGAGGAGGCUGCACGUGCCCCAAGCCACAGAAUUCCCACAGCAACUGAUAAGAAUCAAGAACUGCUCUCUGCGCACUUUGAUCCAGACACAGAUGUAGCAGUGGCCUCGGUAUUGAAUUCAAAGCUUGAAUUUGAUGAGGCUUUGCUCAAUGAAAAUGUGGCUCUGGACUGCGAUUCUCAAGGUGGUGAUGGAGAUACAGAAGAAGGAGCCUUCAAAUUCACCAGUGGCAGGACGGGCUUGUCAUCUCCUGUGACUUCAGAGAUGCCAGUGGAAACAGAUGAUGAUGAUGUCACUGACCAUUAUCUGAAUUUCUCUCGCACAGUUGUGGUCCGUGAACCUGCCAAAGAAUCAGCACAGGCAGAUCUCUCUGUCCUUCCUAACUCAGGGUCCAUCUCACAGCUGGAUGGAGCUGACAAUGACUCAGAGAGUGAGACAGGUGAAGCCAACACAGACGAUGAUACUCAGGAAGUAGAAAGUAGUUUUUGUAGUCAGGAUAUUGAGCCAUUAAAACACACUGGUCCAAAAAAGGGCAGAACCCUUGGCGACGGGCAGCUAGUUUGCCCAAGAACACUUAUUGCAAAUCCACAUAAAACCGAUUCUGUUGAUCAGAAUUCUCAGCUGGAGACUCAAAGCAUGGACCAGGUCUGUGAAGAACAGGAAAUUCAGGAAAUAACUUCUUUUGAAGAUGGUGGAAACGUAAUUGUUGAUUCUGAUGUAUCGAAUGGACAAGAAGCAUCAUUUCCCGAAGAACUAAAAGGAACAACUCCCAUACUUUACAAAAGUGGUGAUCUUGUUACGACCGAAGAAGAAGUCUUGCUUGAAAAUGAAUCAACAGAAGUCUUGCAAGAAGUGUUCUUGGAUGACACCAGUGGAAAUUUCAUAUCUGCUGUUGAUGGCAGGGUGUUGGACUUGACAGAAAAUACUGCGGCUGAGGUGGCAACUGAUUCCUCACCAGUAAACAAGAAUGAACAUGUUUUUAAGAGAGUUUUGUCUCCCGUUGAGAAACCGGCAGCAUCUGUGCCAGUGAGUAGUACUAGAACGAUUCAUGUUGUUGCACCAGCUACAACUACAAAAAGACGUUUUGUGACCAUACAACCAAGUUCCCAACCCAGAACAUUCCAGAUGGCAAUGCCUGUUUCCAACUCUCUGCCACUUUCCAUGCCUGUCAGUGUUGUCUCAUCUUCUCCCACCAUUUCAGUUGCACCACAAGGAACUCCACUUGCUCCUGCUUCGGUUGUAGUAAAUGGUUUUGGAGCUCUGCCUAAGGAAGCCACUAAGGGUCGUACAAUCGCCAUACGCAUUGCCACCCCAAAACAAGUGACUGAACAGUCUCUGCCCCAGUGUUUACCUGGUCCACCCCCUACACCUCAGGUUCUUCUGGUCAACCGUGCGGGACAGAUUCUAGUGAAAAACCCACAAACUAAUACAUACCAAUUAUCUAGCUCUAAUUCCCCCUCCUACACCCAAAUCAGCCAGAUUGCGAAGAUAAUCCACAGCAAUGUUCUCCAGCGACCCGUUCCUAAGGUUAUAGUGAUACCAGUACCGCAGGUUCAGGCUAACCUCGGCAAAACCACACCAAUGCGUAUCUUAUCUUACAGCAACAACAACAGAGCAACACCACCAACCCAAGUGCUAAUCAGGAGGAUUCCCCAGAGUUAUCCUGGAAGCCAAUUGCACAGCAUCAGUCCGUCGAUAGAAAGACCUGGCUCGAUUUCUGAAGGUGGGCAGAAGGAGGUGGCCCAGGUGAUAAUCGAUAAAGCAAUGGCAAGUCACUGUGAAAUAGGAAGUCCCACUGGCAUGAGCCCUUCUCAGCUCCUCCUCGAAAAACGCCUCUCUCCUGAAUCAAAGGAUUCAUUCCCUGGGUUUCAUCUUCGGACUCAACCCAACAUAUUGUCCCACUCCAGACCUCAAGUCAAGAUCAAGAGAGUGUCUUCAGGAACUGAUCGAAUUGGUAUGAAAAAAUGCAGGACGGAUUUCUUGGAACAGAUUCCUCCUUAUUCCCAAGAUGCCCACAGCAGGUCAAACCGGGUUAGAAUAAAGGCCCCAAGUAUAAAAGAUGUGCUUGAUGACCCUGAUGCUGAAUCUCUAGACCAGCCAAAGAACGAUGAAUCCAAGGUUGCAGAAAAACAGCGAAUUACUCCAAAUGAAUCCGAGCCCACUGCGGUGCAGAGAAAUGACAAACAGGACAGUGCUAAAUCUCAGUGUAUGAGCUCCAAACAUGGUGAUUCCUCAGACUGGGCCCCCUAUGCAGGAUGGAGUUCAGAUGAGGACUCUCCAUCACUAGGCAAGCAAGAUAAGUGUGCCAGUCAGAAUCAGCCCCACCUGCACUUCCAGAUUACCAGUGAGGAUGGCUUUAGCGUAGAAGCCGAUAGCAUGGAUGUGGCGUGGAAGGCAGUAAUGGACGGUGUCCAGGAGGCACGGGUAGGCUGUCGGCUAGAGCAGUUCCCCUUCAGCAGGGUCAGCGGUGCCAGGGUGCUGGGUGUCCUCCAUGAUGCUGUGCUCUUUCUGCUGGAGCAGCUGCAGGGUGCUUCUCUCUGCCAGAAACACAGCUUCCGUUUCCACCAGCAUGAAACACCGGAAGAGGAGCUGCCAAUAAACCCCAGUGGCUGUGCCCGCGCAGAGGUUUAUGUGCGAAAAUCUACCUUUGAUAUGUUCAAUUUCUUGGCAUCGCAACAUCGUCAGCUUCCUGAGUCUAGGCCAUGUGAUGAUGAAGAGGAUGACGUUUUGCUCAAAUCCAGCAGACGAGCCACAAGUACAGAGUUGCCAAUGGCUAUGAGGUUCAGACACUUGGAGAAAACCUCGAAAGAGGCUGUGGGAGUUUACAGAUCUGCUAUACAUGGUCGUGGUCUUUUCUGCAAGAGGAACAUUGAGGCUGGAGAGAUGGUGAUCGAGUACGCUGGCAACGUCAUCCGCGCAGUUCUCACAGACAAAAGGGAGAAAUACUAUGACAGCAAGGGCAUUGGCUGCUACAUGUUUCGCAUUGAUGACUUUGAUGUGGUGGACGCCACCAUGCACGGAAACGCGGCACGAUUUAUAAAUCACUCCUGCGACCCUAACUGUUACUCAAGAGUCAUCAAUGUGGAGGGCCAGAAGCACAUCGUUAUAUUCGCCCUGCGGAAGAUUUACCGUGGAGAAGAGCUUACCUAUGAUUACAAGUUCCCUAUUGAAGAUGCAAACAACAAGUUGCACUGUAACUGUGGGGCCCGGCGCUGCCGACGCUUCCUGAAUUAAAAUCAGCAUGUUUACUCAAUGGUUUAGGAGGGGAUAUUUUGGUGUGGGUGGCUAUUUUUGAAGGAAGACACUUAUUUCAUGUGCUUAAUGGUGCGGAGAUGAAUGUAUUCUGAAGGAAACACCAUAUUGAGUCUUGAUUGGUUACCUCAUAUGAGUUAUGAUUCUUACCACAACAUUCGACACCCUAGUAACAUCCUGCACUGGAUGAGGCAGUUUGCUUUGAUUCAACAAUUUACCAAAAACCCUUUACUUAACUAUUUAAACUGUCCUUAUGCUACUUUGUCCCAGCAUGCCUUUCAAAUCUUGCCGCUGAUGAUGCAGUAGAUCUGCUCUGGAAGGAUCUUUAGCCGGCAGAAUUCAUGUAAAGAAGUUUUCAUAUUGGAGGAUACCUAGAAGUCAGAAAGGAUGUGAUUAUUUUUGCUACUGAAUCAAGAGGAGUUCCUGUUAUAGGUCGUCCUCAAAAGCACCUUAAUAAUCUUUGCUCUUUUUUUCCCCCUGAAAUGUAAGCUCUGUACAUAUUCUCCAGAACAGACAAAAUCUUUAGUCAAACCAUGAACAAGCUUGCCACACAACGUAGUUUCUAACAGGAGUCUGUGUGUUUCCAGAAAAUUUACGUUUGUGCAUUUCAUUUUUUUUUUUAAAUUUUUUUAAUGGGUGCAAAUGAAUGUGUCACUUACAACCAAAUUUAAUACCCUUGUCUGUCAUAUUAAGUUAGAGUACCUUUGCUCUGAAUGCAUAUACAGACCAUUUACAGCAUUCUGGGUCAUGUACAGAUUACCAUUCUUCAUAAGACUUCACUUGAAGUCCAAUUUUUGACAGAUUGGUUUUAAGAACCCACUGUUUUUAUGUGCUUUUAUAUCUCGAGGCCAGACUUUGGGGGUCUAUUGUAAUAUUCUACAUAUUAGGAUCACUUGUGCAGUGUUAGUUUUGAAAAGUCCCAUUCUGAUCAUCAGUGCACCAGUAUUUAAGGAAAUAUUCAAAACCAUACUUAUGAAUGGCGGGUUGAGCUCGAAACAGCCAACAUGCUGUUAAUAGCCAGGGUAUCAAAGUUUUUGUGAUACCCUUCCUAAUGCAGCAUGUUUAGACCGUCUGACGUCUCCGUUUGGGUUGACUACCUCAGUACAUCAGUGACAGCUAGUUAAGUUGCAGUAUAAACAAUAGUAUAAAGAAUGCUGGGAUAAUCCCACACUAGCUUUGAUUUUAUGCAAUGUGACUGUAGGGGUUGUUUGUUUCAUUUGUUUGUUUUUCCUGAGAAUUCCCGGAUCCCUCUUCCCUCAUGCUUUUGUACAGAAUUGAAGUGUGCUUGUUAAAAAUGAAGACUCUGGCUUAAAUCCAUCACUGAACGUGAUCUAACUCUUUGUAUAUAGUUGUAUACAAGAAUUUCUAAGUCUGUUAAAUUUUUCUACGCACUUUUUUUAUUUAUGAUGUUCUGUAUGUAAUAAAGAUAUAAAAAUAUUUGAACAGA